AUGUCGUUCGCUGGCAGGCGCAGAGGAAACAAAGCAAAGAAGGGUGUUCAGUUCACCUUGAUGGUGGUUGGUGCUUCGGGAACCGGUCGAACCACCUUUGUGAACACCCUUUGCGAGUCUGAGGUCUUGGCCCACAAGGUUUCUGACACUCCCGAGCUUGCACACGUUGAAGAAGGCAUUAGAAUUAAGCCAGUCACCGUCGAGCUCGAGGAGGACGGUGUCCGCAUUUCGCUGACCAUUGUUGACACUCCUGGAUUUGGCGACAACAUUGACAACGAGUUUGCUUUCCAGGAGAUUGUUGGCUACCUCGAACGCCAAUAUGAUGAUAUCCUUGCAGAAGAGUCAAGGAUUAAACGUAACCCUCGUUUCAGAGACAACCGAAUUCACGCUCUUUUAUAUUUCAUCCCCCCCACCGGACAUGCUUUAAGAGAGAUGGAUAUUGAACUCAUGCGUCGCCUUUCGCCCCGUGUCAACGUGAUUCCUGUGAUCGGCAAGGCAGACUCUUUGACCCCCAGCGAAUUGAAGGGAUUCAAGAAGAGGAUCAUGGAAGACAUUGAAAACUACGACAUCCCUGUCUACAACUUCCCCUACGACGUGGAGGAAGAUGACGAAGAGACUAUUCAGGACAACAGUGAACUCAGGGCACUUCUCCCAUUUGCCGUUAUUGGCUCGGAGGAAGAAAUUGAGAUUGACGGACAGCCCGUUCGGGCACGGAUCUACCCCUGGGGUAUCGCAGAAGUUGACAACCCGAAGCACUCUGACUUUAGCCGACUCAGGAGCGCGCUGCUCAACUCGCACCUGGCUGAUUUGAAAUCGCUGACGCACGAUCUCCUGUACGAAACGUACCGCACGGAGAAGCUGUCGAGGACAGUUCACUCUGCCGAUCCACACGACUCUUCUAUCCUUCCCGAGGAACUUGCGUCGCAAAGCGUUCGUCUCAAAGAAGAACAGCUGCGCCGCGAGGAAGAAAAGUUGCGGGAGAUCGAGGUCAAGGUGCAACGAGAGAUCAACGAGAAGCGACAGGAGCUGCUUGCAAAAGAAGAGUCGUUGAGGAACCUGGAGAGCCGACUUGCAGCACAGGGGUCGCAAGGAGAGUUUCGGGAGUAG